GAGAGGGGGAAAGAAAGAGGAAAAGAGUGCGAGGGAGUGAGGGAGGGAGGAAAAUAAACAACAAAAAAUGUCCUCUUCCUCCCCCACCGGGCAGAUCGCAAGUGCGGCGGACAUCAAGCAGGAGAAUGGGAUGGAAAGCGCCUCGGAAGGGCAGGAGGCGCCUCGAGAAGUGGCGGGGGGCGCGGCGGCUGGGCUGAGCCCCCGGGCUCCAGCCCCUUUUCCCCUGGAGCCGGGGGACGCGGCCGCCAGGGUGAGCGGAGAGGAAGGGGCAGUGGCGGCGGCGGCCGGAGCGGCAGCGGAUCAGGUACAACUCCACUCGGAACUUCUGGGCAGGCACCACCACGCCGCGGCUGCCGCCGCCGCGCAGACCACACUGGCCUUCUCGCCCGACCAUGUCGCCUGCGUGUGCGAGGCGCUGCAGCAGGGGGGCAACCUGGACCGCCUGGCCCGGUUCCUGUGGUCCUUGCCCCAGAGCGACCUGCUACGUGGCAACGAGAGCUUGCUGAAGGCGCGGGCGCUGGUGGCCUUCCACCAGGGCAUCUACCCCGAGCUCUACAGCAUCCUCGAGAGCCACAGCUUCGAGUCGGCCAACCACCCGCUGCUGCAGCAGCUCUGGUACAAGGCGCGCUACACCGAGGCCGAGCGAGCCCGCGGCCGGCCGCUGGGCGCCGUGGACAAGUACCGGCUCCGCAGGAAAUUCCCCCUGCCCCGCACCAUCUGGGACGGCGAGGAGACGGUGUAUUGUUUCAAGGAGAAGUCGCGCAACGCGCUCAAGGAGCUCUACAAGCAGAAUCGCUACCCUUCGCCUGCCGAGAAGCGGCACCUGGCCAAGAUCACCGGCCUCUCCCUCACCCAAGUCAGCAACUGGUUCAAGAACCGGCGGCAGCGCGAUCGGAACCCCUCUGAGACACAGUCCAAAAGUGAGUCAGAUGGUAAUCCCAGCACUGAAGAUGAAUCCAGCAAGGGUCAUGAAGAUUUGUCUCCUCAUCCACUCUCCAGUUCAUCUGAAGGUGUCACCAACCUCAGCCUUUCCAGUCACAUGGAGCCAGUAUAUAUGCAACAAAUUGGAAAUGCUAAGAUACUAAGCCCUUCUGGAGUUCUGCUGAAUGGAAGCUUGGUACCUGCAAGUACUUCACCUGUCUUCCUUAAUGGUAAUUCUUUCAUUCAGGGACCCAACGGAGUUAUCCUUAAUGGAUUAAAUGUGGGAAAUACACAGACAGUGUCAUUGAACCCACCCAAAAUGGCAUCAAACAUUGUGAGCAAUGGUAUAUCCAUGACUGACAUACUGGGCUCUACCUCCCAGGAUGUGAAGGAAUUCAAAGUUCUCCAGAGCUCUUCAGCCAGCUCAGCAGCCACCACCACCUACAGCCCCAGUACCCCUGUAUCUUUUCCUGGACUGAUUCCCAGCACUGAGGUGAAAAGAGAAGGCAUUCAAACAGUGGCUUCCCAGGAUGGAGGCUCUGUUGUGACUUUCACUACACCAGUGCAAAUUAAUCAGUAUGGCAUUGUCCAGAUCCCCAAUUCCGGAGCAAACAGCCAGUUUCUUAAUGGGAGCAUUGGAUUCUCUCCAUUACAGCUGCCUCCUGUUUCAGUGGCAGCUUCACAAGGUAAUAUUUCAGUAAAUUCAAGCACUUCAGAUGGGAGCGCAUUUACAAGUGAGUCUACCACAGUCCAGCAAGGAAAGGUUUUCUUGAGCUCUCUUGCUCCCAGUGCAGUGGUGUACACUGUUCCUAAUUCAAGCCAGACCAUAGGAUCUGUUAAACAGGAGGGUUUGGAGAGGAGCCUGGUAUUUUCUCAGUUGAUGCCUGUCAAUCAGAAUGCACAAGUAAAUGCAAACCUGUCUUCUGAAAGUAUCUCCGGGAGUGGCCUUCAUUCACUAGCCUCCUCAUUAGUCAAUGUAUCCCCAACUCACAGUUUUCCGCUGAAUCCCCCUACUCUGCUACAUCCCACUGAACUAAACCCUGACAUUGCUGAUAGCCAGCCGAUGUCCGCACCUGUGGCAAGCAAAUCUACUGUGACAUCUGUCAGCAACACUAACUAUGCAACUCUUCAGAACUGCUCCCUUAUUACUGGUCAAGAUCUAUUGUCCGUCCCAAUGACCCAGGCUGCCCUCGGGGAAAUAGUUCCUACAGGCGAAGACCAGGUGAGUCACCCCUCCCCAGCAGUACCCCAGGAUUUUGUCAGAGAACAUCGGUUGGUUCUACAAUCAGUAACCAACAUAAAAGAGAAUUUCUUAACAAAUUCAGAGAACAAAGCUACAAACAACUUAAUGAUGCUGGACUCCAAAUCCAAGUAUGUCCUAGAGGGCAUGGUUGAGACGGUCUGUGAAGACUUGGAAACAGACAAGAAAGAGCUUGCCAAGCUCCAGACUGUCCAAUUGGAUGAAGAUAUGCAAGACUUGUAAACUUUAUCCACCGCCCCCACUUUGUUUUCCUCUGACAUAGUGAGCAAAUCUUUUCACGAAGCCCUGAGGACAUAAAGCAUUUUCCCAUUUAAAGGGAAACACUAGUUUUGCAAAUAAAUGCAUUGAAGAGACUUUGGGUUGAUCUGCAUGAAGAUCACAGUGAAAUAUACAGAAGUAAAACUUUAUUGCAGCCUUUUUCUUCACAUGUGUUCUCUCUUAAACAGAUGGAGACAAAGGAACAAGAUGGAAUAUGUCAAGUCAAAGUGUAUCAUUUGGUUGACUUAAUAUAAUUCUGAGGUCAAAUGGAACUUGAUAGUUUUUUAAAUUAAAAAUGUAUGCACCUAACAAAAUUAAAUAUCACUACAGAGCAUUAGAAACAAUACAGUUCUUUUUGUUUACUUUUACUCCAUGGGCAUUGAUAAGGUUAAGUAGCAUAAAUGGUACUCAACACUAUUGUGAAGCUGUAUUUUUAAAUACAUGCAUUUCUGUCUUUCAACAUUUUUGUGAAAGUCUUGGUUUCUCUCUACACAUUUCCAAAUGUGAUUGCUGAUAGUUCUGUGUGGCUGAGAAAGUUUUCGACUCCACUAAAAACUAUGAAACAAAUUUCAGUAUGAGUGUAAAUAUAUUAGUCCUAUAAGCAAGGAUUUGAAUGAUUACAGUGAAUUUUAUUUAUGCUAUAUAUGUCUCUCUUAUACUUCAGACACUACGAACUGAAAAGAAAAAUGUUUUCUUACCAUUUAAUUUAUUUUUAUUCUUUGAACAGGAAGUGAACACAGUUAUUUCCAACAAAGUUUUACUUUUUGUAGGAUUUUUAAAAGUAAUAAUUUUUAUCAGGAGUCUGUUUAGGUCAAUAUUAAUAACACUGAAACAGGAAGUCCAGCUCCCAAUACUGGAAUUUUGGUACUUUUUUUUUUUCACAUCCUUGCUCUUUAUUUAGCAGCGCUCUGAUUCAUUUGAAUAUGUUUUAUAUAGAAUUCUAUGUGCCUUUUUACCUUGUGGCCUUUUUAUUACUCUUACUAAGGUACAGAAAUGUCAACAGAAGCACUGACGGCUCUUUUCUACUAUUCAAACAGGGUUAAUUUCACACAGAAUUGCUUAAAUCUGAAGAACUUAAGUUUUACUUUUAUUACUAUGUAUAAUGUUUAUGAUGCAAGUGGAUAAGCAGCUUAUUAUUGUUAAUACUUUUCAUUACAGUGAAAAUAACAAUUACAGAUUACCAUAUACCAAACAAUUCUCUAGGCUAUGAAAACAACCAUUUUAAAGUAAAGAAAAAAAUGUUGAUUCUAUUGAGUAAAAUUCUGUCCUGUCGAAACUUCGUUCUAAAUGUUUUGAAUCAGUUGUUAUACUACGACAUAUGACUGUUGUUUGCACUAUAUCACAUCCUCUUUAAAAGUCAGUCUUUGGGGGUUUCUGUAAGAAGCUUGUUUGAUAAUGUCAUGAGCUGUGGUUAGUUUUUAUCAGGACUCUGAACACAAGUUUUAAGAAUGCAAAUACCUUUAUGUAGUGAGUAAGGUCGGCUGGUCUCUGAAAAGCAAGAAAAGUGGGAAAUUGAUCUCUUCAGAGAUAAUUUAAAGAUGUCACCACAUCUUCCUUUAAGAUCAGAACAAAGGGUCCACCUUAGAUCUGUAUGCUGAGAUGUUGAAAUAAGGGCCAUAGAGAAUUUCACUUCUGUCGUUAUUUGCAAGUGGGACUUGAA